AACGAAUAAAAGAAAAACUUAUAAAGAGACCAGUUACAGGAAAAGAUCUUAUGAUAGUCAAUAUGGGACCUCACCACCCAUCCAUGCAUGGUGUUCUUAGCCUAAUUGUUACUCUAGAUGGCGAGGAUGUUGUUGACUGUGAACCCAUAUUGGGUUAUUUACAUAGAGGAAUGGAAAAAAUUGCCGAAAACCGCACAAUUAUACAAUAUUUACCUUAUGUAACGCGAUGGAAUUAUUUAGCUACUAUGUUUACAGAAGCAAUAACAGUAAAUGGACCAGAACAAUUGGGAAAUAUUCAAGUUCCUAAAAGGGCCAGCUAUAUCAGAGUAAUUAUGCUGGAAUUGAGUCGUAUAGCUUCUCAUCUGUUAUGGCUUGGCCCUUUUAUGGCAGAUAUUGGGGCACAGACUCCCUUUUUCUAUAUUUUCAGAGAACGAGAAUUUGUAUAUGAUCUAUUCGAAGCUGCCACCGGUAUGAGAAUGAUGCAUAAUUUUUUUCGUAUUGGAGGAAUAGCGGCUGAUUUGCCUUAUGGUUGGAUAGAUAAAUGCUUGGAUUUUUGUGAUUAUUUUUUAAUAGAGGUUGUUGAAUAUCAAAAACUGAUUACACGAAAUCCUAUUUUUUUAGAACGGAUUGAAGGCGUUGGGAUUAUUAGUGGCGAAAAAGCAAUAAAUUGGGGUUUAUCCGGACCAAUGCUACGAGCAUCCAGAAUACCAUGGGAUCUUCGUAAAGUUGAUCGUUAUGAAUCUUACGAUGAAUUUGAAUGGGAAAUUCAGUGGCAAAAACAAGGAGAUUCAUUAGCUCGUUAUUUAGUACGACUUAGCGAAAUGACAGAAUCCAUAAAAAUUAUUCAACAGGCUCUCGAAGGACUUCCGGGGGGUCCCUAUGAGAAUUUAGAAAGCAGAGGCAUUGAUAGAAAAAGGAAUACAGAAUGGAAUGAUUUUGAAUAUCGAUUCAUUAGUAAAAAACCUUCUCCUACGUUUGAAUUAUCGAAACAAGAACUUUAUGUAAGAGUUGAAGCACCAAAAGGGGAAUUGGGAAUUUUUCUGAUAGGAGAUCAAAGUGGUUUUCCUUGGAGAUGGAAAAUCCGACCGCCGGGUUUUAUUAAUUUGCAAAUUCUUCCUGAACUAGUUAAAAGAAUGAAACUGGCUGAUAUUAUGACGAUACUCGGUAGCAUAGAUAUAAUUAUGGGAGAGGUUGAUCAGGUCUAUGGACUCAUAUGGAUAUUUGUCCCUAUAUUUUCUCUUAUAUUGGGAAUCAUAACAGGUGUACUAGUAAUUGUGUGGUUAGAACGAGAAAUAUCUGCAGGGAUACAACAACGUAUUGGACCUGAAUACGCCGGCCCGCUGGGAAUUCUUCAAGCUCUAGCCGACGGGACAAAACUACUUUUCAAAGAAGAUCUUCGUCCAUCUAGAGGAAAUGCUCCUUUAUUUAGUAUUGGACCAUCUAUAGCAGUUAUUUCAAUUUUACUAAGUUAUUCUGUACUUCCCUUUAGCAAUCACCUUGUUUUAGCGGAUCUCAAUAUCGGUAUUUUUUUAUGGAUUGCCAUCUCAAGUAUUGCUCCGAUUGGACUUCUUAUAUCAGGAUAUGGAUCAAAUAAUAAAUAUUCUUUUUUAGGUGGUCUGCGAGCUGCUGCCCAAUCGAUUAGUUAUGAAAUACCUUUAACUCUAUGUGUUUUAUCAAUAUCUCUACGUGCGAUUCGU